AUGCCCGCCGCCGCCGACGACAAGGCUCAGGCCGUCACCACGACCCAGCGCGCUGCACUGACACGGCUCAUCGCGAGCCUCGACGCCCUUGGAUGGGGGUACGACCUGCUCCUUGACGCCGAGGGCGCCCUCGCGAUCCGGCCGCACGACGACACUGACCUCGCCGACGACGAGUACGACCACGUCGCGUAUGUGUCCGUGCUGGGCGAUUUCACCGACGCUAUCGUGCACGAGCUGGAUCAUAUCGAUGCCUACGUCGUCGACGAGGAGGGCGAGCAACGCAGGGUGGCGGGGCACACGGCGGAGGAUGUGCUCGCUGCAGGCCUGUCUGGCCGACGGGGCACCGACCCGUCGACCCACCCCGCACCAGCUGGCCCAGUCGACAACCACAUCCUCGCUGACGUGCAGCGUCUUCUCACGGCUCUGGACGCAACGGGCAAACCGUACGCCCUCGCCGUGAGCGGGGGCGGGCUCAUCCUCGACGCUGGCGAGCGCAGCGUUCCUGGACGGAGUGUCGACCCCACAGCCUUCACCCUCCUGUCCAUCGCGCGCGCGAGCAUCGACCACCUGCAAGCGCGCCGUGGGCUCGACGGCGGCGUAUUUAUGCGCCUGGGGAGGCAUGGGGGCCGGUACGACGCCGCCGAGGUUGCGUCCCUCCUUGAGCGGCCGGCACCAGUGCCGAUGCAGCUGGAGGAUAAGGGGAUCGACUGGGACCAUCUGCUCGACGGGGAGGAGGGGGAUGACGAUGCGGCGGAGAGGACAUGGGGAUGA